AUGGCGACCAGGAAGAAGGUUUUGCUGAAAGUGAUCAUUCUGGGUGAUUCGAGCGUGGGUAAGACGUCGCUGAUGAACCAGUACGUCAACAAGAAGUUCACCAACCAGUACAAGGCAACCAUCGGCGCCGAUUUUCUGACCAAAGAGGUGAUGGUCGACGAUCGGAUCGUCACAAUGCAGAUAUGGGAUACAGCCGGUCAAGAACGUUUCCAGUCAUUAGGAGUGGCAUUUUAUCGUGGAGCUGAUUGUUGUGUAUUAGUAUUUGAUGUAACAUCACCAGGAUCAUUCAAAUCUUUGGAUGGAUGGCGGGAUGAGUUUCUAAUACAAGCAUCACCAUCUGAUCCUGAUCAUUUCCCUUUUGUGGUCCUAGGCAACAAAGUCGAUUUAGAUAAUCGAGCUGUGUCCACUAAAAGGGCUCAGCAAUGGUGCCAGAGCAAGAAUGGCUUACCAUACUUUGAAACAUCUGCUAAAGAAGCAGUCAAUGUUGAACAAGCUUUCAAAACGAUAGCACGAAAUGCGUUAGCUCAAGAAUCAGAUGUAGAGCUAUAUAAUGAAUUUCCAGAUCAAAUAAAGUUGGACGGCGGUUCUACAGACAACAGAUCCUCGGGCAGUGAUAAUUGUGCUUGCUAA